GUUACUCGUUAAGUACUUUCAAGCAAUAAUUAAAAGAAUGCUAAAACUUAUAAUUAAAAGAAUGUUAAGACUUAUAACUAAUAGAAAUGUAUUUCUCUCAACAGGUAGAAAAGCUGUUUCUUCCAGCAGCAAAACUGAUGUUUUCGUUUGCUGAAUGCGUACCCUGGCUUGCUGUAGCGUUGAUGUUGUCUCUCGCUAUAAUAAUACUAAAUCUCGUUAGUAUAAUUGUUUUUAUGAAAAAACGUAGUUUCCGCAAGCGUAGCACGUACCUGGUGAUAAAUUUGGCAGUUAUAGAUAUGUUGGUUGGGGUAACUGCCACCGGAAAUUUUGCUGGUCUCGUUGGACAAUACUAUUGUAAUUUAUGGAAGGACGGUUUACCUGAUAAGCUAGAAGUCUAUAUGAUAGUUCUUUAUGUUUUGUUUCCUGUUGCAUCUGUAACUAACAUCAGUGCGAUUUCUUUGGAGCGGCUUCACGCGACGUUUUGGCCGCUGAGGCAUCUUGUUAUGCAAAAAUGGAUUUAUGUUUUAAUUUUUGCUAUCACUUGGAUUACAGCUGGGUUGGUAUCAGCUGGGGUUGGAGUUCUAGAGCAAUUUAAACAACGAAGUCAUUUUUUUUACUUAUGGAAUUCAUUUAAUUCAAUUUGUCUGUUGAUUAUUUCUGUUUCGUACGUGGCCAUUGUUAUUAAAGUCCGUUGUGGAGCGCAGCCUCAACACCACAGAGCAGCCAGUAGAGAAAGAAAACUGACCGUGACAUUGUUGAUUGUGACUGUUGUAUCUAUGCUAAUGUGGCUCCCAUUUGUGAUAAGCAGUUUUCUCUAUUAUACAACUGAUAUUAUUAGUUCAUUAUCCAGCAUACCAAUUCGUCGGUUAAAUCUCGCGCUGAUCGCUCUGUAUUAUGUAAACUCGCUUGUGAAUCCAAUCAUAUACACUGCUCGAAUGCCAGACUUCAGAAGAGCUCUGGUUGCUGUCUUUUGCAAACGACCUCAGCAGGCGAACCAAGCUCCAGUUAUUCCUCUCCGUGACAUGUGAUGCAAAUAUAGUUGCGUUAUGAGGAUAUCUUGCCGUUUAUUAAUCAAAACACGAUAAGCCGUGAUUAAGUACAUUUUAGGCUUGGGGCACUCCU